UGUCGAAAGCAGGAAGUUCAAAAACACAUCUGUAUUUCACACAUUCAGGGCAGGAGUGAAGGGACUCGACACAGCAAUGGCUCCGAGGAUGGAUGACAUCAUGCGUCUGUGCUGUGAACUGUCGGCUCAUGAUCAGAUCAAGGUGGCUGUGAAGAACUCCACUAAAGGAGCAGUGGUGGUGGGAGGAGCUGCCUUUGUAGGCGGGCUUCUCGGUGGACCUGCAGGGAUUGCUGUUGGUGGAACAUUGGGUGGUCUCUUGGGCAGCUGGAUGACCAGCGGUCAGUUCAGACCGCUGCCUGAGAUCCUGAUGGAGUUACCACCAAGCCAGAAACAGAAGCUCUAUAAUGACAUUGUUGGUGUGCUAGGAAACCUGGACUGGACAGAUGCAGCCCAGCUCUUAGCCUUAGUCAUGGGCAACGCCACGCUCCAGCAGCAGAUCACAGCUGCUCUGCUUCGCUACGUUACUAACGAACUCAAAGCAGAGGUACGAUACCAGGACUGAGUGCUGACUCCACGUGGACUUUUCUAGCCAAGCAGAGCCCUAUAUGGAGGAUUUUGUGCCUAAUUAGAAAAAAAUUAUGAACAUCGUGAUUCACUUUCAUAAUGAUGUAGGAAGUUUUAUGGAAGAAAUGUAUUUAUUCACUAAUGUUGGCAUAUUUACCUCAGAACAAACCAUGUUUUGUAUAAGAGACUUCGAGGUUGUUCCUACUUUUUCCUGAUCUCCACUCACUCUCAGGGUGCUUUUAAAUAUCCCUCAGAUUAUGGAGUUAAAAUAAAAUCAACAUUUGAA